AUGAGCGCCCCGGAGGAGCCGGCGGGAGCGUCGCGGGGCGCGGAGGUGGACGAGGAGGGCGUCACCUGGUGGUACCGCUGGCUGUGCCGGCUGGCCGGCGUCCUGGGCGGCCUGUCCUGUGCCUCAGCCGGCCUCUUCAACUGCAUCACUGUCCAUCCUCUCAACGUAGCAGCUGGAGUUUGGAUGAUGUUGAAUGCCUUUGUUCUCUUCCUCUGCGAAGCACCCUUCUGCUGCCAGUUUGUGGAGUUUGCAAAUGCUGUGUCGGCAAGGGCGGAUAAGCUCCGGUCCUGGCAGAAAGCCGCCUUCUACUGCGGGAUGGCUGUGUUCCCAGUCAUACUCAGCCUGACUCUGACCACCUUGCUGGGGAAUGCCAUUGCGUUUGCGACAGGCGUGCUCUACGGACUUUCAGCCCUGGGCAAAAAGGGAGACGCCAUUUCUUACGCCAGGAUGCAGCAGCUGCGCAAGCAGACCAAUGAAGAGGGGCCAACAGGGCCAGUCGAAGGGCAGCCUGUGUGACCUCCCGCUUCAGAAGGACUCGCUUGGAGGCCAGGAAUUCCCACCUUGACUUGGAAGAAGUUAGUCCUGAGCAUCCCCCGCCGGUGGUAAAACUGACCUCAGAACUUUUUAAAAAGCUCUUCCAAACUUUCUUUCCAGGACUGGGAAGGAUGGAAGGAAACUUAACUCCUUUCUCAAAUCAUCUCUCAGAAGUCUGAACAAAUGUAACACUGUGAAUCAAAUAUGCUGCAGUUUUAAGGGGCAGGGGCCAAAUCAGGAAUUCUCCCUUCGCCCCACCCCCACUCAGUUCUCAGGUUGUAUUGGAACCAAAUAGAGUGAAAAGCCCAUUCGUCACAAUACGGGGCUGUAUUCUCAGACAAACCUUCAUAUGCUGCUUGACCACCUCCCAGUUUGGGGGCUCAGUGUGGUACUUCUGGGAUCAACGGGUGCUGUACUCUGAGUCUCAGCUGUGAAUUUUACUGGGAGUGGGAGGGGAGGGAUGGUAUCAACUGACCUCCAGGAUUCUAAUGGCUAAGAAGAGAAUCUGUGAGCAACCAGGCUGUCUCUUGCUGGUCUCCCACAGUUGGGGCUUCUGGGGGCUGCAGACUUUGGAAACUUUGCUCCCCUCCCCUAAAGGGAGUGUUCUUGCGCAAAAUGCAAAAUUAUCUUUCUUUCAGGUGCAGGUGUUCAGUGAGAUAUUUUCAUAAUUUUAGAACUUAAUGGUGGAGUGCUGAUUAGAUUUUUUUUCGUUAGGGGGAGGCAUAACUUGUGGAUUCUUGGUUUGUGUUUUCCCAUGAAUUUCUUUCAGUCUCUCCUAAAGACUGCGCUAUGUAGUGUUGUGGAAUUAGGGCUUAAUAUUUUCGCCAACACGUAGUGAGAACAGAGUUUUUACUAUUUAAUAAAACAGAACAUUUUGCGAGUUGGACCAGGAUCAACUCCAAAGGUAGGCAUUUACUGGGGUCUUGGGACUAUCAAAGCACCCCCUCCCCCCAAAAAAACCUGAUCAGAAAUGCUAAGGGAGGUGUUUGGAUUAUACAUCCCAAUCCUUCCAGUUUAUAGUGCCUUUAUCAGUGUGUCCCCCAUCCCCAGUCCUGGCUAUAAAGCACAGAACUUGGAUUCUUUUGAGGCACUGAACACACUGUUUCUAGUUGCCCUUUCUAAAGAACAGCUUCCCUAACCUGGGGAGCUGAAAGUCUUGAUUUGAUUCUUUUUCAGGUUUUCUAUUUUAAUUCUUUUUCAGCUGCGAACUGGAUUUAUAAAUUAUCUUCUUGUUUACAUUUAUUGAUGUUUAUCAUCAUCCUGCAGGUGAUUUGCUUUAGGCAACGUAAUUAUUUCAUUCUUUAGGACUUUAUUUAGGACAUUUCUGAUUCUCUUUGGGUAUGAAACACAUGACAUUGGUGCUUUCAUCUUAGGAAAUGAUUGCUUUUUAUUUUUGUUAAGCCCCUUUCUUUCUAAGAAAGGAGAUAGGCCUCUGUCGCUUGGGAACACUUUCUUUAAUGGUGUAAAAAGGUAAUUUAGGAUUUAGAUGUUUGAGAAUUUUACGUGCUGGUUGUAGUGUUGUAUUCCACCAGCAGGGGCCAGUAUUUGCCACAGAAUGUAGUGGGCAA